GCUAGAGAACAUUCGUUAAAUUUCGAUGGCAAUUAGAAUCGCAGAAAUCUCAUCACUGUCUCUCCAGCAACAAGAGCAACAAGAAUUGUUUUUAAAGGGAGAAAAAAGCAUAAAGAAAAAUGCCUGGUGGAGUAGUUUUUCUCGUUUGCAUUCCAACUUUAUCGUACGAGCACGAAUUAGUUUUUGGAGUGCCAGUCAAAAGUGCAAAGAGAAGUGACAAAUCAACGAGACCUGCACAAUCGAACAAAGUUGAUCUUCGAUUAAAGGAAGUGAAAAAUCGUACGCACCUCAUUACCCUGGAUAAUGAUUCAAACGACGACGACGAUGAAUCACCGAACGUCGAGGUUUUUGAAAAAGGAGUGAUCGAGCGAACGAGAAACAGAUUGAGAUCUAGAGGCGAUAUCGCACCCACUGGGUUAGGAAAUCGAAGCAAAUCACCCGUUUUCGUACCUAUGGAGACCGUUCUGGAUGAGCUGCUCAAAAAACUCAGAGUAGAACACAUCGUGUGGUGCAAAGACAAAGAGAACAUGUAUUACGAAGUAAUAUUUCCGGUAGCUGCUGGUGAUCCUUGUGAAAAUUGUUUGCACUGUCUCACUGAAAUGGGAAUCGGUACUAGAAUGAAUUCUAUCGUGAGUGUCAUCCCGACUCAAUGCACUUACAGUGGUUUGCGGAGCAUCGGUCCUGCAGCAAUCAGAGAUGAUAUCGCCCAGAGGAAAAAAGAUGCCGAAGAACGAAACAACCAUUGGGAAGCUUUCGUCGAUUCCAUAAGAUCGAAAUUGACAGUCAAACAAGUCGUCGAUGGUGUACGAAGCGGCGGUGAUCUUACAUUUGAUUAUGUAUUGCUGGUUUUGACUGCAGAUUGUUUAGCUGCUCUGGGUUUGGUGGAGAACAGCGCAACCAACGUUGUCGCAGCAAUGCUCGUUUCUCCCCUUAUGGGUCCUGUAAUGUCUUUGACAUUUGGUACAAUCAUAGCGGACAGAGAUCUCCAAUUCAUUGGAUUUAAGAGUUUGAUGCUCGGGAUAUUCGUCUCGAUUUUAUUCGGCUUCAUUUUCGGUCUUAUCCUAGGCACAACCGAAAUGCCAUGGGGGUAUAAUGAUUGGCCGACUGAUGAGAUGAAGGGCAGAGGAAAUUACAGAUCUCUUUGGAUGGGAGUUUUGUGGGCAUUGCCAUCAGGGACUGGAGUGGCUGUUGCUUUAUUGCAAGGAAGUAAUGGUCCGUUGAUAGGAGUCGCAAUAUCCGCCUCGCUUUUACCACCGGUCGUUAAUUGCGGACUUUUUUGGGCUCUUGGCUGUAUAUGGCUGAUAUACAGACCAAUAAAAAUGCCCCACAUCAAAGGAGAAUCGUACACGGAUUUCAACAGCUCAUACGUUUACGUCUACACGGAUUAUUUACCCGUUGAGUUUUUUUGCAACGGUAUAAUUAGUGCAUGUCUUACAUUCAUUAACGUAAUGUGUAUUUUCAUAACGGCCAUUAUAGUGUUGAAGAUCAAAGAAGUCGCAGCGCCAUAUACAUCGACUCCGGAGUUACGAAGAUUUUGGGAGCGAGAUAUCAGACUGGUUCGUGACAAAAAUAACUCGAGAGCCAACAGUUCCAUUGAUUCGAGCUUCUACGAUGGACUCAGCAAAAUGAAACAAAGAGCUCUCGAAAGAACCCUUAACGAAGCUGUACGUGAAGCAAUUAACGACGAAACCUUCCGCAAAGUUCAAAGAUUGAGUUAUGGCCAGCAUGGACCAGAUGAAAUAGCUCCGCGUUUGGGGCUUCAUCCCGGAGGUUUGGGGGUGGCAGAUUCUUCUAGGAAGGACGAUUCGACGUUGCACGUUCGUGAAGGGAUGAAUGGAAAGCCGGCGGAGAUGGAGGUCACCGUCGGUGAGAAUACGUGCGAGGAUCUCGCGGCGCUCGACAGACUCAUCAGUUAUCUGCUUGCACAGCCCAGCGGUAAUUUGGAAAAUUGGCGGCGGUCGAGACGAGCAAGCGCCAGGGGCUAUCGUCAAUUGAGACCGAACGACGAAACCGGCGGAGCCCCUGUUCCCGGUGUAGGUACAACACCGCUAUAGAACAAAAUAAACAUUAUUCGGAAUCGCGUAAUUUUCAACAUUGAUGGAAAUGCAUCACGAGGUUCGAUCUGCAAAAAAAAUAUGUAAAAUGACAAGUAAUAACAAAAACCUUAUGAAAAUUUAAGCUCGAAAAAUUCGUACCGAAAAAUUCACCAUCGGGAUUCUGAACCCGGCCAUCCGGCCAACUACGCAUUCUUAUGUGCCACUCAUAAACCUUUGAAAAUAGAAGCCAAAAGUUUCAUUAAAACAGCGUCGGACAUAAUUGUUUUUUCCGAGAACAUCGUUUCAUAAUCGGGCGAAAAAAAUUUUCGAUUGGACUUUUAAAAGUAUAUAUCUUCGGGCAAAAAGAGAUCGAAAAAAUAUCAUAUUGCAAGAAACUUUCCGAAAUCGGAAUGAAAAGCUCCAAAAUAAAUUGACGAUCGACUGAAGUUUUUUUUCAAAUUUCCCGGAGAAUCGAAGAAUACCGGAGAUUUAUUUCCGUUGAAAAAAAAAGAACCAACGCCGCCUACAACAAGGGGAAGAAAGGGUCUGAAAAUACAUGAAUUUCAGGACUUUCUUUGGUUAAGAAAUGAGUAAAAACAUUUCAAACUUUGGCAAAAAAUACUGUUUUUUGUCUAAUUUUAUUAAACCGUUAAUUUAAGAAAGAAAGCAGCGAUGCUCAUCACUAGUUCAUCAACCUUCUCCCCCAAAAACAUUCCUGAAAUUCAUGUAUGUUUCCAGAUCUUUCACUUGUAUCUCUUCUCGUAUCCCUUCACGAAGACAGCAGCAAUAUUUUCUCGAUUCCUUAUUCGGAAUUUUUAUUCUCCGAAAAAAAGGAUAGUCGAAUUUGAAAAAUGAUUUCUAAUGUAAUUAUGAUUAUGAUUUGAGACCGCGUAAACGAUUGUUAAGAUUUUAAAUAUUUCGAGAUAUCAAAAUCCCGAACUUUUCGAUAUGGAAACAAGUUAAUUUGUCACAAUUUGAUAUGAGAAAAAAAAACUAUUUUAAAAACCGAUGAA